UCCCUUUUCCCUUAUUAUGUGAAGCAAAUUCUAGAGAAAUUGAGGUUCAUUUUCGACUGAAAAACCCCAACGAGCUUCUCUCUCUCUUCACACAUACACACACCAAAUGGCGGCGAGAAAUGCAUUGCUCAAGUACCUGAGGGUGAACGUCCUCCCAAUUCAAAACCCUAGGCCUGUCGCCGCGGGCUUGUCGCAGCUCAUCAGACGCCAUUUCUGCGAUGAAGCCAGGGGCUCCUUCCUCGACAAGUCUGAGGUCACUGAUCGUGUUCUCUCUAUUGUCAAGAACUUCCAGAAAGUCGAUCCCGCCAAGGUUACUCCAAAUGCUCAUUUCCAGAAUGAUCUUGGCCUAGAUAGUUUAGAUACAGUGGAAAUUGUGAUGGCUCUUGAAGAAGAGUUUGGUUUUGAGAUUCCAGACAACGAAGCAGACAAAAUCAACACCAUCAAUCUUGCUGUUGACUUCAUUGCAUCUCACCCUCAGGCAAAAUAGAGGAGAGCCUGCUUUUUUUUCCUAUUUUCAAUCCAGCUAGCCAAUGCCAGACAAGUUUUUAAUAUUUGAAUCUCUUCUGAGAAAAAGAAAUUAUUUGCAGGUUGAAGUAUGAAAAUCUUUCUUUGUCUAACAUUUUCUGUGGAUUCUUGUCAAAAUGUAUCAUGCAUUUUGCAAGCUGUAUUGCUCUUCUUCAUAAUUCCAGUGAUGGAAACUCCAGUUGAA